ACAUUUGUAAACGAGGCUUGCAAAGAGCAACCACUCCUUAACAAGUGCUGUAAUCAGAAUUUAUGUGCUCAUGGUGGCACCUGCACUGAGUUAUGUGACGACGCUAAAAUCAAGUUCAACUGUACAUGCGGCAGACUUUGUCAGAAACGAAGAGCAACAUCUUGCAAAGAGCAACUACGGGAAAACGAAGGGAGCAAGUCCGGAGUGUAUCAACUGUUUGACCCAACGACUAUGUCCAUGUACGAGGUCUUUUGUGAUGCUAUCUCUGAAAAGGGAUUCAUUUGGACUUUGAUUGAAUCUUUCAGCUUUCGAAGUAAUAAUGAAUUUUCGGAUAAAGCAUUUUACAAAGAGUAUCCGGUAAACCAGAAAGCCUUUACAUGGAGCAAGUUUCGUUUGUCUUGGUCACGCAUGAUAACCACAGCAAACCGCUCAACGCACGUGCGAGCAACGUGCAACUUUAACACUGAAGAACUUAAAUACAGAGAUUACUUAAGGGCCAAGUUAAAUGAUAUCGACGUUAUGCGUUUGAAUGUCCGUGGUGCAUGUAAAAAAUACGAAUUUAUUAGCAUCCGAGGAUAUAACUGUAGUAACUGCACGGCUCAGUUCGUCCAAACAGAUAAUUGGCAUGCGUUAUGAUUCGUUUUACGGUCCAAAGAUCGGGUGUCAGUUUACCAGUCAAUCCACAGGUGCUGUGAGGUUACCGGGAGGGGAGGAUAACUUCAGAUGGUAUCAACCAGUCAAUCCGGUUCACAGAUGUGUAUCAAGUGAUGAUUCCACCACUCAGUGGUGGUUUGGAGUUCGGCAUCACUAG